UUGUUGAUUAUGUUGAUAUUGAUGUUUAUGUUGCUGUUGAAGACGAUGACUUCUUGUUGUUGUUGAUGUUGAUGACGAUCUUCUCGGAAAAGCUGCACCCACCACCCUGCUGGAUGAGUGACGGCGGCCAGGAUGCUGAACCUGUGUUGACAACAAUGAUGAUCUUCUCAGAGAAGUUACACCCACCGUCCUGCUGGAUGAGUGACGGCUGCCAGGAUGCUGAAGCUGGUGAGUUGACGUUGAUGAUGAUGAUGAUGAUGUUGUUGAUGAUGUUGUUGAUGAUGAUGUUGAUGAUGAUGUUGAUGAUGCAGCCAUGUAGAUCUUCUUGGAGAAGCUGCACCCGUUGCGCUGAUGGAUGAGGGAGAGCCAUGGCAUACCUGCAAUGGUGACGGCGGCCAGGAUGCUGAAGCUGAACAAUAUGUGGACCAAAGUGCAGCUCUCCAGUGAAAUUUAAGCUUCUCCAAAUGUUGCAGUGAACUUCUCCAACCAAACAAUCUGGACACAAAUGCCUAUGUUAGGGUUACCUGACAGUCAGCAUCGAGCCGCUCCCACCUGUGGUGGUUGGGGAUGCCGUGACCUUGAAAUGUAACUUCAAGACGGAUGGCAGGAUGCGGGAGAUAGUUUGGUACCGGGUAACAGAUGGUGGCACCAUCAAGCAGAAGAUCUUCACCUUCGAUGCCAUGUUCUCUACCAACCAGUCACACAUGGAGAAUUAUCGAAAGAGGGAAGACCUGGUGUACCAGUCCACCGUGCGCACUGCGGAAUCCAGAGCACUGCGGGAUCCGACUGGGAGCUGCGUUCUGAUCUGCAAGCAAGUUCCAGAGAAUCAGCUUGGGCUCCCUGAAGUCCGGAUCUCAGACAACGGCCCCUAUGAGUGCCAUGUGGGAAUUUACGACAGAGCAACCCGUGAGAAAGUGGUGCUAGCAUCUGGAAACAUCUUCCUCAAUGUGAUGUCCCCUCCCACAUCUAUCUCAGUCAUCACAGCGGACACGCCUGCCCCUUUCAGCCGCUACCAGGCCCAGAACUUCACCUUGGUCUGCAUCGUCUCUGGAGGGAAGCCUGCCCCGAUGGUGUACUUUAAGAGAGAUGGGGAGAUGAUUGAGGUGGUGCCCCUCAUGGAGGCCCCAGUCAACGCUGUUGGGUUACAAGAAGGCCGGGCCUCCCGGAACCUGUUUCAUCGCGACCUGGAUGACACCAAGAUGCAGAAGUCACUGUCGCUCCUGGACAUGGAGGACCGUGGUGGGAGACCCUACACAGAGGACCCUUUGAAAGGCCUCACCCCUGACCAGGGACUCUUGUUUAGCCCAGCCACGGAGAUGAUCCCAGAGACUGUGGUGAGCCGGGAGUUUCCACGGUGGAUCCAGAACAUGGACCCCAUCUAUUACUUCCACCACACCCACAUCCCCAUCAGCGACGGCACUGUGGAGGUGCGGGCCAUGCUCAUGUGGAUGCUUAACCCCCAGAUAGACAAUGACGCCCUCUUCAGUUGCGAGGUCAAGCACCCCGCCCUCUCUAUGCCCAUGCAGUCCGAAGUAACGCUAGUGGCUCCGAAGGGCCCAAAGAUCAUGAUGAUCCCAACAAGAGCCCGAGUCGGAGACACAGUCCGGAUCCUGGUGCAGGGCUUUCAAAAUAAAGUCUUCCCUGAACCCAUGUUCACUUGGACCCGCAUUGGGAGCAGGCUCCUGGAUGGCAGUGCUGAGCAUGAUGGGAAAGAGCUGGUCUUGGAGCGAGUGCCGGCAGAACUGAAUGGCUCUAUGUACCGCUGCACAGCCCAGAACCCACUUGGCUCCACGGACACCCACACCAGGCUGAUUGUUUUUGAAAACCCAAACAUCCCAAGAGGAACAGAAGACUCAAAUGGUGCAUCAACCAGCUGCUGCGGUGUUAACUUUGUUCUGGCCAUCAUCUUAACAGUUACCUUAGAACUAACGUGAGAGGAUUCAGCUCGGAGAUCCCCCUUUUCCUCCCUCCAACGACACCAUUCGGCAUUCACGUCUCCAAUGAUCGGCCUUCUGUCCUUUUGCUUUCUCUCUCUCUGUUCUUUCUGUUUUCCUUUUCUUUUUUUCUAAAACGAUUUACGGUCUUGUUAUCGGUCUCCUGCGGUCUGUGUCCUGGCUUUCUCAUUCAAUUUAAUUAAAAACAAAAUAAUGAUUA